AUGGCGCAACCGCCGCCAGAUCAAAACUUUUAUCAUCCACACCCGCAUCCUCAUGCACAUCCUCAUCCACAGUUGCAAUUGCCACCACAGUUUCGGAAUCCCUUUGAUUUGCUUUUUGACGAACGUACUGGUGCAAUCAACUAUAAUUAUAUACGCCCAUAUAUUCCAAAUCAAUUACAAAAGCCAGAUGAUUUAUCCGACUCACUGGUUAUGCGUCGACCACGACGAACGAGAACAACAUUUACUAGUGCUCAAAUUGCAGAACUGGAACAGCAUUUUUUACAAGGUAGAUAUUUGACGUCAUCGCGACUUGCAGAACUCUCAGCUAAACUUGCUCUUGGCACGGCUCAAGUGAAAAUUUGGUUUAAGAAUCGUAGAAGACGUCAUAAAAUUCAAGCGGAUCAACAGAAAGACUAUUCGUGCGACAGUAUGCCAUUGUCACCCGCUGCAUCGAAUUCUUCGAAAUCUGAGACGAAUGGAAGUGCCAGCAGUUGCGGCAGUAGCAGCAGUAGUGGCUCAUCAACAUCAUCUAGCGGACCACCUAGCUUGCAGUCUUUGAGUCUGAAUGGUAGUGGUGGAUCAACGCCAAAUCCAUUAACACCCUCUCCAACCCCGACUACACCGACCGCAAAUCUCAUGGAACAUUACGGAGAGGCUGCCUUCAAUCCGUACUACUACAAUAAUCAUCAUGCUUCGCAUCCACCACACCAUCAUCAAGCCCAUCACCAUACACAUGCCUCAUUGACACAUCCGUAUGCUGCAGCCGGAACACAGUAUUAUCCUCCUCCAACUGGUAGUUUGCAACAUCACCAGCAUCAACAUCAGCAACAAUAUCAUGCUCAUCAUCCUCAUCAAUUUCAGAUGCAACACAAACCGCAGGCGUCAUCGAUCAAAGAAGAUCCGGAAUACUCCUAUGACAAUCCGUACUACAUGAGAAUGCCAACAUCUUUGCCUGAAACUACGGCCACAACAACCGUGCAGCCAUCAACAGCAAUGUCACCAAACUCUGAUGUCUAUGAACCUCUAACACCAAAAAAUGACGAAUGUAAUGGCGUAGGCGGUGGAAAUGGCGAUGCGCCUGAGGAUUUGAAUGAAACUAAAACAACAAUACGGGAGCUGGUAACCAAUAAUGCCAAUGGUAAUGACGACGCUUGUAGCAAUGGUAAUCCAAUUGGCAGUGAGGGUUCUGGUACCCCAGCAAUUAACAUUAUGGAAGAUUGUACUGGCGCAUUCGCGAAAUUUCAAAAGAUGUCACCCGAUACCACCGAUCCCAACUAUCAGUGCACGAUGGAUACGCUUAUGCACGCGUAUAACAAUCAUCGUAACACGUCAGCAAAUACUCAGCAAUUUGCCACCUAUUGUUUCAACUGA